GGUAGCGCCAGCUGAGACAGAGAUGACGACAAACAUAGGGGCGCAUCUUUUCGGGAACCUGAUGGAGUUGGUGGGGGAGUUGCAACAUGGAGAUACACUUUUCUACACGGAAGACGACGUCUUGUAUGCUGAGGAGGGCGGACAGGAUGACGAAGGCAUGGUCGGCUACUACGCUAACAUUUAUGCAGGGUGUGUGGACUGGGAAGUAGAGAGUGAGAUGGGCCGUGAAGGGGAUGUGUGGAACAGGGAUGAAUACGAGGGGGGGGCUGGAGGAAGGUGCGAGAACCUGAUGGCGCUCUCUUUUCAGGUCGGCGUCGAGAGUGCCGACGCUGAUGAUGCCACUCAUCUGCAGCAGGAUGAUGGAGACCAGGCGGAUGAGUGGGAGGUGGAGCAGGGAUUCAUUGCAGAGGUGGUGGUUGUGGUGGAAGAGAGGCAGGGAAUGGGCGAGAUUGGUGUGAACGGUGGGAAGGCUGACGACAACAACAACAACAACAACAACAACAACAACAACAACAACAUCAACGAUGGCAACGAGCAGCUAAUGGGUGAAAUCGGCAAGAUGGGCGUGGAGGACGCUGACAACAACAUCAACGGUGUCAAUCAUCUGCAGCAGGGUGAUGGAGACCAGGCGGAUGAGUGGCAGGUGGAGUGAAUGGGCAAAAUUGGCGAGACGGGCAUGGAGAACGCUGAAACAACGGU